UCAUUGCUCGCUCACAGCAGACCAUCGCAGCAGCAGCAAUGAGGAUCCUGGUGUGUGUGUACCUGUGCGGUCUGGCCCUCGCUGUCCUCGCUGAGGAGGAGCAGAAGGUGAAGACAGAGAAGAGAGGACUCUCUGGCUCCCUUGGUGGAUACGGUGGCGGCUUCGGUGGAGGCUACGGAGGCGGCUACGGUGGAGGCUACGGAGGCGGCUACGGUGGUGGCUAUGGAGGCGGCUAUGGAGGCGGCUACGGAGGCGGCUACGCUGGUGGACUCGGCGGCGGACUUGGAGGCGGCAUUGGAGCUGGCAUCGGUGGUGGAGCACCGCAGGUGACUGUCAACAGAGUCCCCGUCCCUGUCCCAGUGCCUGUGGAGAAUACCAUCCCGGUUCCAGUGCGCGUCCCAGUCACUGUCCCUGUGGAGCGGCCUGUUCCCGUCCACGUACCGCAGCCAUACCCUGUCCCCGUAGACAACCCUGUGCCCGUCCCCGUCAAGGUCCCCACCCCAGUGUCUGUCCCAGUACCUCAGCCCUACGUCGUUAAGCGUCCAGUGCCCUACGUCGUCAGCGCUGGCCACGGCGGCUUCGGCGGAGGUCUCGGCGGUGGUCUCGGAGGAGGCCUGGGCGGUGGUCUCGGAGGAGGCCUCGGAGGCAGAUUCGGCGGAGGCUACGGCGGCGGCUUCGGUGGAAGCUACGGCGGUAGCUUUGGAGGACUUGGGGGCUACGGAAAAUACGGCCACGUGUGCAUGUACCUGUGCGGUCUGGCCCUGUCAGUCCUGGCUGAGAAGCAGCAGGUGAAGGAGAAGCGAGGACUGACUGGCUCUCUUGGUGGAUUUGGUGGCGGCUUCGGUGGAGGCUACGGAGGCGGCUAUGGUGGUGGCUAUGGAGGCGGGUAUGGGGGCGGCUAUGGAGGCGGCUACGGAGGCGCCUACGCUGGUGGACUCGGCGGCGGACUUGGAGGCGGCAUUGGAGCUGGCAUCGGUGGUGGGGCCCCUCAGGUGACUGUCAACAGAGUCCCCGUCCCUGUCCCAGUGCCCGUGGAGAGGACCAUCCCAGUGCCGGUGAGAGUCCCAGUCACAGUCCCCGUGGAGCGGCCUGUUCCCGUCCACGUACCGCAGCCGUACCCUGUCCCUGUAGACAACCCUGUGCCCGUCCCUGUCAAGGUCCCCACCCCAGUGUCCGUCCCAGUUCCUCAGCCCUACGUCGUUAAGCGGCCAGUGCCCUACGUCGUCAGCGCCGGCCACGGCGGACUCGGCGGAGGUCUCGGCGGAGGUCUCGGAGGAGGUCUCGGAGGAGGACUCGGAGGAGGCUUCGGAGGAAAGUUCGGCGGAGGCUACAGCGGCGGCUUCGGUGGUGGAUACGGCGGUGGCUUUGGAGGACUCGGAGGCUACGGGAAAUAUGGCCACUAGAAAUCCACCUCAGUUAUAAUAUCUUGACCUGUACAUGCCAUCAGAUUCGUAUUAUGUACACAAAAAAAUGCUAAAUAAAAACUGAUGCAUCACA